AUGUCAAAUCCAUUUCAAAAUAUAGGUAAGAAUUUACUAUACAUUUCUGCAGCCGGGAUUGCGUCUAUUUAUGUGGUCAAGACCAUAGUGAAAGCUAGAAGAGAUGCUAAAUUUAUACCAAAGGCGCGGGGAAACAAUGGUGAAGUGAAUGAAAAAAACUAUUAUGAUAACCUUGCUCAAGUCAAACCAGGGUUCCCCAUACCUAAAGAUGGAGGAGACAACAUUGAUUGCUCUGAGGACCAUCAAUUAGUAAGAAAGAGUAAAUAUGAAGGUAGCGGGCUUAGUGCUGUAACAAGAAAAAGAGGUGACAAAUUAGGUUUUUUAGAUAGGAGGAGAAACGAGUAA